AUGUUCAAGAAUGCAGCAAGGCCAAAAGCUUAUUUCACUAUGUGGCUCAUGCUUAACAAGAAGUUAGCAACAGCUGACAGGCUAGCUAAAUGGGGUGUGGAAAUAGACAAGACUUGUGUCUUAUCCAAGAAUGCAGAAGAGACUAUAGAGCAUUUGCUCAUACAAUGUCAAUUUGCUAGAAAGCUAUGGGAAAGAUUGUUUACAUGGAUUCAUCAGCAUAGUAUAGUACCAAAGACAUGGGUACAGUUUCUACAAUGGAACAUUCGACAUGGGAAGGGGAAGUCUAAAGCAACCCAAAUAUUCAAGAUUAUUUUGGCUGAAGGUGUCUAUGGGGUGUGGAUUGAGAGAGAUAGCAGAAUUUUCGUGAAAAAGGAGGAAAGUGUAGAUAGCCUAUGUGACUGUUGCUAG